UUAAAACUCUUUGGUCUGGCAACGCCAAAUUUCUUGAGCGGCUGUUCAACUGGUAUUUUCUGUUCGAGGGGCGGUCACACUGGCUAGAAAUUACUUAACAUGCUGCAAUCAAUGAUCCAGAGGACCUGCCUGGCAGUUGUCAACACCGCGCAAUCUAUCAUCGUACGGGAAAAGCAUGCUUUUAAUCGGGCAGUGCUGAAACCAAAAGUUCGCUGCCAUUUCCCGAAACCCAUGGAGGUGAAGAGAAUCAAUGUCCACGGCUGGGACAAGAGAAUGUCCACGCCCGAAGGACGACGCGUGCUGAUGGCCAGGAUACUCAAGGGCCGCCAUAAUCUAUCCCACUAGCCUUUCGUUAAUAAACCUCACUUUAUUUACAAA